CUGAGCGCCAAGUCAGGAGCCCCUGCUUUGAAAGGCCCUGGCAUGGGGGUUGUCCUCCCCGGGCAACUCUGUCCCCGCAGUCGCUGCAGCAGCAGUGAGCUGUCUCUCUCCAGCACCUGCAGCGAGUACUCCAGCGGCUCCUCCUGCACAUGGCACGAUGGGAAGAACCUCAGGAGAAGGCCAUCAUCACAAAACUGGGAUAAAAGGCUAAGUAUUGACUCCUCGCUCCCAAGUGGCUUCGCUAGUCCUACCGACGAACUACCUCUGACGCGAAUCAAGGAAAGCCACAUUCUGGAAGGACUGAGAAAGCUGCAGAAGCGAACAGUGUUACUUGAACCUCCCUCCGUGAUAACCAAAUGGGGCUAUAAAGAUUGCAUGAACUCCAAUGAAGGAAUAUAUUCUCCAGGGAUCAAGAGUAGCCCCAAGGAGCAUCCCCCCUGCAAAACAGCAGACAUGGGGGGCGCCUGCAAGGAGCCCCACCAGGCAUUUGUUUAUGACACAGAUUGCCACGAGGGCGCCGAUGAGGACUCUGCCUCCUUAGCGUGGGCCCAGGCCUUUCCCAGCCAGGCCUGCAGGCUGCAUGGCUGUCAGCUGACCCACAGCGUUUCAGACAGCCUGUUCAGCUGGGAGCCGAACGGAAGACACUUUUCAGAAGGCGUUUACCCCGGAGAGAGACCGGGAAAGCGGGGAAGCGGUGCCAGCAGCUGUUCCUCGGAGAGGCAGCUGUGCCCACGUGUGCAGGUGCCUCGGGGACAGAGCGAGGGGGGUCCCCGCAGCCGGGGCCGCGUGGCUGUCAGCCUCCAGCUUUCAGACACGGAUGACAACGACACCCUCGACGAGCUGCACAUCGGGAGCAGUGACGAGAAGAGCCCCUCGGACCUGUCAUUGGCCACGGACACGGACAAGUCCACGGAGAACCUGGACACUCUCGUGGGGCUGGGGAGGCCGCCGCUCGGGCCUCCCGGGGAGGAGGAGCGCGCGCCCAGCCACGUGGAGAGGCCGGGGACGCUGGGCCUCCUGCGGCGGCAGCGGGUGGUCAGGAGGACGUCUUCGGAGGAGUGUGUGACCAUCGUAUUCGAUGCGGAGGAUGGCGAACCCAUUGAGUUCAGCUCUCAGCAGACGGGGGUUGUCACCGUCACCAGGAAUGAGAUCGCCAUUGCCCAGGCCCCGCUCCCCACGGCACCGGAUCACCUGGCCAGGGGGCUGCCCCUGGAUGCAGCGACAAUGCCAGAGACCCUGGAACAUCGCGCCCCUGGGGCCGCUGGAAUUGAAGGGGCGGAAAGCAGGUCCGUGAAGAGAUCGCUCUCCUCCAACAAGCCCCACCUGAAGCCGGCUCUGGGCAUGAACGGGGCGAAGGCCCGCAGCCAGAGCUUCAGCGCCCACGCGGGGGAGAAGCCGCCCACGCCGCCCAUGGAAGGGCCGGGCCGGGUCUGA